AUGGAGCGGCCGCUGCCGCCACUCCACUCCCGCGCUGUGCCUGGCUUGCCGCAAGCGUCCGCCCCCCAUCACCAGUGCGCUGCCACCGCAUGGAGCUUCCAGCGCCAAGAUUCCCUUGUGCGCCAUCAGCUACCACCUAGGUUGCGUGGCUACUUCCCACCCCGUUAUGCUUCAGAUUCUGUAGAGCUUCAGGUUCAGAGCUUUUCACUUCUGAAAUUCAGUGAAGGGAAGGACUACCUGAGCGCUACCAGCAGUACAAGGAGUUUAGGGCCUAUUCGGUUUGGAGGAUUUUCAUAG